AAGGCCUCGUCGGCUCGGCGCACCACGACCCGGCCCACCUCACGAGCCAGUUCUUCUCGGCGACCGUGCCCGGAAAGGCCCAAGUCGAGAUCCAGGUCGUCAGCACGACCAAGCGCUGGACCCGCCUCGACGUCGACCUGUUCCAGUGGUCGCCCGACGCCAACACGUCGACCUACGUCUCGCCCUCGAACCAGCGCAUCCUCCGCAUCCGCUCCCACUACCUCGUCACGACCCUCCCCGAGCACCCAGAAGCCGGCGACCUCAACUACCUGUCGCGGCCGUGCCCCCUCCUCGAGCACCCGGGCGGGAUCCAGAUGAGCGACGGCGGCGACGAGGUGCCGGCCAAGCUGCGCUUCCACAAGGGCCUGCGGUGGAAGAUCGUCGACAAGGUCGAGCCGAACGACGGCAGCUUGGCGUGGGGCUGCUGGAUCGAGAUGAAGGGCGGCGAGGAGGUCGACAAGCUCGCGACGCUCGUGCCCUUCUUUGCCGACGUCGCCAAGAACGGGCCCGAGAUGUUGCCCGACGGCCUGCGCCCUGGACCCUCCUGGUACCCGACCAUGUCGCUCUCGCUCGACUUCAAGUCCAAGUUCCCGCUGUCGCCCUCGUCGCGCGCCCAGUACGGCACGCGCACUUUCGGCCUGUACUCGACGACCAAAACGAUCCACGACGGCCGGCACGACCUCACGGUUGAGGUGUGGGCAGGGCCCGCCGACUUGGGUGCGAGGACGCCCGAGGCGCGAGAGGGAGAGCUCGACGAGGACCGGGUCGCGAGGUGGAGGCGCGAGGGGGCGAGGCUCGUCGGCGUCAGCACCCAGAUGGCGCUCGCCGUCCCCCUCGAGGUCAACAGCGCUCGAGGGCGCAAGGCCGGCAGCGACUCGGCGGCCGGCAACGCCAAUAUCAUGCCUCCCGACGACGACAAGAAGGCGCGCUUGUAGAGCCUGCUCUCGAGAUUCUCUAGAAGAAAAGACAACGCGUUCGUGCCGG